AUGAGUUAUAUAUCAGAUUCUGAGGAAGAAUCGAUAGUACUUAAUCCACCACUAAUAUCUCGAGAAGUACUAAAUGGAAAGAUGUCUAAACUAUCAAAUGCUCAACGAUUAAAUAUUGAAAAGAUAAUUAAAAGUUUAUGUCCACAAUCAACCAUUACCACAACAAAUUUAUUUGACGUAAUUGAUGAUAGUGAAGAAGAUGAUGAUCAAUUCCAACUAUUUGAACCAUUAUCAAUUAAUGAAGAGAUACGGCACAAUACAGAUGAUACAGAGGAAGACGUGAUUUUAGUAGAAAAUAAAGAAAAUGAAGAUCAUCUACUAGCUUAUAUUAAUUCAAAAUAUCAAGAUUAUGCACCCACUAGAACAUUAAGAAAAAGAAAUUUUGCAAGUACUCACCCUUAUUUAUCUGAUCAAGCAUAUUAUUUAGGGUUGUCAGAUAUUAGUGAAUUAAACACUAUAUAUGAAGAAAAUGAUCAUAAUUUAGAGUCAAUUGUUAAAUUAUUAAAUUACAAUUAUAUGAAAUUAAAAGAAAGAUAUCCUAGAGAUGAAAAGUAUAAACAAAAGAAUUUUUAUACUAUUUUGGGGAAACAAUCAAAAGCUGCACAACAAUUAGAAGCCGAAGAGCUGGGUGAAAAACAACCGGAAAAUAAUAAUCCCGCGUCUGAUGAACUGCAGAACUCCACUUUUGAAGUACCUUCACAAAUCCUGGUCCAGGGUUAUGUUGCUUCUGAUGUUGACUCUUUAAAUGAAAGUGAUGACAGUAAUAAUCAAAGUGAUAGUGAUGAUCAAAAGGAAUCUGAAGAUGAUGAUCUAUAUGUCAGAGUAGGAGGUAGAUAUAGAAAAGAAAAAUCUGCGUUAAAAGGAAUUUUACCAGAAUCUGCAAAACAUCUAGCAAUAUAUAAAAGUAACAAGCAAAAGAGGAAAGGUUUGAGAAGAAAAGAUCCAAUUGAAAUCAGAAAAGGAAUGGCUAUAAAGAAAGUUGGCAGAAAGCCAAAAGUGAGAGAAAACUUAAAUGAUUUAAUCGAUGAUAAUGUGUAUCAUGAAGAAGAAGCCAUAUUUAACGCAUUAACUUCGAACCAAAGCGAAGACGUUUUUGAUUUACAAGAUGAACUUAAUGUUUCGGAUGAAGGAUCAGAAAACUGGGGUGAUGAUUUUGAAGAAUUACGUGGCAAUGAGUCAGAUAUACAAUCAAUCGAUGGUCAUGAUUUUGAUGGACGGUCAACUUCACCUAUUGUGAUAUCUGAUGAAUCUUCAACAGACUUUGAUUCAGAACCUGAUGACGACUUAGACUUGUUUAGUUUCAGACUGGGUCCAACAAAUCUGGAUCAACAUUUGGUUACCGACUUUGAGGGAGAAGCAUAUGAGAAUAAUGCAAUCGAUAGAAUGUUAACAUCAAAAGCUAGGAGCAAGAAUAGAGAAAAUAAAAAAGUCAAGAAGAUAAUUAAUGCAAGUGAUAGAUCAUCAACAAAGCCGACAAAUAGAACUUCUUCGAGAUCAAAAGUUUAUGUUUCCAACGGAUUAUCAUCAAAAUCAAAAUCUGCUACUGCAAAACGUCCAAGUGCCCCAAAAUCUAGAAGAACAACUUCAAAACCUAGAGACAAAUCAUCAUUUAAGAGAAUAGAUUCAAGACCAAGUCGACCAAAACAUUCUAAAGAAUCUUACAAGCACUCGUCUUCAAAAUCAUCAUCAACAAUUACGCCAUCAAGUAAGAAGAGAAAAAGGGACACCUCAAAUCAAAAAUCAAUAGAUAAAUAUAUCAAUCCCGGAUCAGAAAAUACUUCAAGAGCACCAGCUUUAGCAACUAUAGCAUUUGAAGUCGAAAGCACUCAACCAAUUAAAUCAACAAGAUACCAGAAGUAUUCUACGAACUCAAAUGUUAUCAAUUUAUCAUUACAACCAGAUUUUGCACAAGGUACUAUAAUUAACGAAAUCUCACUUUUGCAAUUACAUCAAUCCGCAGAUGGUAAAGCUUUUCACAAAUUUACAGAUCCAAUUAGAGUAGCCUACAAAGAACACAAUUAUUGUUUGACGCUAAUAGAUAUGGAAAAUUCCAUUCAAAAAGUAGAAACGUUGUUAAAGCUUAUGAAUAACGAGGUUCAGAGAAAUGUUUUGAGUGAUAAAGCUUUUAAAAAAGAAUUGUAUUAUUGUAUUAAAGGAUUAAUUGGAUGGUAUUUACUACUGCAAAGUUCGCCUACAUUUACAGAGUGGGGUUUGGUAGAAUCUUUAUUAACAAAUAUUAGAGAAAGUACUUUGAUUUUGAAUCAUAACAAGUUAUUUUUCAUUCCAUAUGUCGUUCUACUUCAAUAUGUGAUGUCUACUAUGGAGGAAAUAAAUGGUAAGGUUUUCAGUAGAAAGCAGAAUUUUGAAUCUAGUGGUGUUUUCUAUUGGAAUCUGUGGUUUUCAUUAUUCAAUACUACUCAGUUUGAAAACAUAAACGGUAGUGGUGCUUCAUCAAAAGAAAGUGAAUCAUUUUAUAUUAUGUGCACAAUUUUGAAGCUACAACAUUGUUGGUGGCUGUCAGUUACAACCUCAGUUGAGAAGAUAGAUUCUUCUUCAUUCAACUUAGAUCAUUUAUUAGAGGGUAUAUUUUGUUUAAGUCAAAUUUCAAAAACUCCCUCGUGGCAACCAUUGCAAGUGUUUUUCACCAAAUUAACUGAAGAUAAAGAUGCGGGCAUUUUUUAUCGUUAUAUUGAUAUUAUAUAUAGCAUGAAUCAAUUUAGAAAUUGGCAAAUAGAAGAGAGACUUAUCCUACAGAUACAUAACAAUAUUAUCAGUCGAAAGUUUGCAAAUUUAUCGGAGGAGGAAAUGGAUCAAAUGGUAUAUCAUCAAAUAAAAUCUAGAUAUGAUAUUGGUGGAGAUUCAUUUUUUGAUAGGUUUAUGCAAUUAUUGUGGUACUAUAUUUCAUCAAUGUCAGAUAAGACUCAGGUCAAAAGAUUGAUCACAAAAUUAUAUUCAUCGCAUGUCAUGUCAUAUUCAAAUUCCAAAGAUCAUUUAGUGAUGUUAACAAACAGGUUUAAUUUUAUAAUUUUGUUAACACUGUCUUCAGAUACUGAUCAAAGAAACCAAAUUUUAAAUUUAGCAGAAUCUAUAAAGGAUGUUACAAAUUUAGACAUAAUUAAAGCUGCAGUUAAAGGAGUUACAGUGACCACCCAAAUUGCCUACUCCAAAAAUUUGAAGUUACCAUUAAAUGCAUUACAAGUGAUAUUGACAAAACUAAAUUCCAUUUUGUAUAGUAAACCAGGUACCAAAAAGUUAUGGAGCUAUUUUAUUUCACCAAUAAAUAAUUUAAUUGAUGAAAAUGUUGAUCAGGCUAUUCACUUUUUGCCAUUGAUAGAAUAUAUCAACGUGUAUACAACAAUUCAAGUUAAUGCUGACGUAGUCAAGCUAAGUUUAAGAAUCAUAAAACCUAUUCAAGCGGGUAAUUUGAGUAAGUCGACAAUGAAACAAAUUCGAAAUGUUAAUGAAAAAAGUUUAAAGUUUUUGGAACAUUAUAUGAUGGAAGACUCAAAUAGAAAUCAAGAUUUGAAAAAAGAUUGUAUAUCAUUAUGGGUAAUAACUUCGAAUUUACUUGGUAACAAUUGGGAUAAAAUGAUAUUACAAAAAUUCCCCUUUAUUGGAACUGAAGGUCAAAGAGAUAAAUACAUCAUUUAUUUUUACACCAAAGUAUUACAAUUUUUCAAUUUGAGAUCUUGCAAAGAAUCUGUCAUUCUGAAUAUUUUAAGAGGUAUUUUAUCGUCAAGUCCACCAGCAAAUCUCAUUGAAUUGAUCAAAAAUUUAGCUUUUGCAAAUUGGUCAUGUUUUUCUUUUGUUAAAUGGUACAAUUUUAACGGAUUGGAGACUAAUAAGCUAAAAUUUAAUUUAUUAUCUAAGCUAGUUCAACAAUUAUCAAAUGAUGUAAAUUUUAAUUUUUACGUAUCAGAAAUUUUAAAAGUAAUAAACAAGGACUUUUCAAAGUCUGAUUUCAUAGUUGCAGUGGUGAAAGAUUUGGCAAAAUACUCGAAAUUAGAUAAUAAAAAUCAAUCGAUCUUAGCUGAUCUAUCUUUUAAACUUGGGUUGGGUCAAUUACAAGUUCAAAAUAUACCAUUUGAAGAGAAAAUUGUUGUUGCUGAUAUUAAUUUAUCAAGAGAUGAUGAAGAAUUUGAAACUGAAGAUUUAGAUAUUUUAUAUCACCUUAUGGCUCAAGAAGCUUCUUCUUUACAUUGGUCUGCAAUUAUUAAAUUGGUGAACCAAUUUUCCAAGGCACUUUUCAAUUAUAAAUUUGAUUUGUCAAACCGUAAAUUAUUUGGAUUUUUGAAUUUACUUCAGAAUUGUUGGAAAGAUGAAGUCGAUGAAGAUGAUUCACAAUUUACAGCAUUAACUACUAUUUGUUAUCUAUUUAAUGACAUAAAUCGUAUAUUAUUUGAUGGAUACAGAGCUUCAAAAAAAUUUAAAGAAAUUUUCAAUGAAUUUGAGGUCUACUUAAUAUACUUCUCGGAAACUAAUGGACUACCCCCAAAUCUAAAAGAGGCUUACGAUCUUACAUUUGGAAAAUCUAAUGAUCAAGUUGAUGACUUUUGUUUAGAUUAUACUUAUACUUAA